GUUACGCGCGCCGACGAAGCGAGUCUAAAUAAUUGACCCCUCCGCGGCGGAAUCGCGCAAACAAUUUACAUCCGACCGUGUAAAUAUCCGCGACCUCGGCGUCGCGCUUACUGGAAGGCGGCGAAGGUCCCCCUACGGGCGGCGGGGGUCGUUGCUCCGCGGAACGAUGGGAUCCUCGAUCGGAUCGGCUCGAUGUUGAUUUUCGCGUAAAGUACACCGCGUGGCGAUAAUUUUUUUUUUUGUGUGCAAUCCUUCGUGUUAUCGCUGCGCGCCGCGCGUCACUCGAAGAAAUCUUCAGCGUAUAGUGUAUUCAAAGAUUGUGUGGUACUUAUAUCGCCCCGUGGAAAUCCGAGGGCGUACAUUCGCGUGUAAGAUGUUCACCACGGGCGGACUUUGACGGUCGGGAAUUAGAGCUCGAUGGAUCAGAGCGUGAUCGUGCCAUCGGUGCCCCGCGACGUCGUCGGCGCCGAGAGCAUGCGGCUGGCCAUGAAGAACGAGUCCGACGUCGGCAGCCUGCACCAGCAACAGGAGCAGACAGUCGUCGUGCAUCCCAACUCCUCGACGGUGGCCGCGCGAUCGGCGGUGCUGCCGAUGAGCGCGGGUAGUCUGCCCCAGGAGACGAGCUUGGAGCCGCUCAUGUGCAAUCCGACGAGCAGCGAGAUGCAGGCGAGGAAACCUGGCGCGCGGCGCCAGGAGAAGCCGCCGUAUUCGUACAUCGCGCUGAUUGUGAUGGCGAUCCAGUCGAGUCCGGGCAAGAGGCUGACCCUCUCGGAGAUUUAUUCAUUUCUACAGCAGCGCUUUCCAUUCUUCCGCGGCACCUAUCAGGGCUGGAAGAACUCGGUGCGCCACAAUCUCAGCCUGAACGAGUGCUUCAUCAAGCUGCCUAAGGGUCUGGGUCGGCCCGGCAAGGGCCACUACUGGACCAUCGACCCGUCCACCGAGUACAUGUUCGAGGAGGGCAGUUUUCGGCGGCGACCGCGCGGCUUUCGGCGCAAGUGUCAGGCGUUGAAGCCGCAGUAUCCGCAGUACUACUCGGGCGCCGGUCCCGGAGUCGGCGUGCAGACGCCCGGUCCCUACGAGAAUCUGGCCACCGGUCCCGGUGGCAUUGACUACGCGAACGGCUACCAGAAUCAGUAUCAGAACUACCAGGAGUACGCCAUGUACGGGCCGAGCGCGGCGGUGUCCGCUGACUGGGCAUACCCGGAGAGCCCGGCGACGUAUAAAUCCGGGGUGCCGCCGAUAGCCGAGGUGACCUACAAGACCACCGAGGUCACGUACAAGACCGGCGAGACGACGCCGUCGGUUUACAGAAACGGCGAGCUGGUGACGUUCAAGAGCGAGCCCGGGGCUUUCAGUGCCCGCGGCCAGGAUCAGCUGACCGCGUACAGGCCGCCGGCCGACGGAUUCUCGACUGUCAAGGAUCAUCAUCCGCAACAUCACACCGACUAUAAGGACGAAGCCAUGAUGGGCUAUAAGUGUGCCAACUCGACGCCCACCACUCAAGCGCCCGGGCAGGAUUAUUACGUCGGUUAUGGUCUCGCAGGUGUCAACAAUGCUGCCGGCCACGGCGUGAACAUCACCAUGCAAUCUAUGCAGGAACAGCCGGGUGGUAACAGCAGCCCCGUGACCAACGUCAGCUCGCCGCACAGCGGAUGUCAGACUCCUGCCGCGGAUCAUGGAAUAAAAAUGCAGUGCACCAAUUCCAGCUCCAGUUCGAACAGUUCCGGUGGCGGCAUUGUUGAUCGGAAACCAUCCUAUUUCGCGCAUCCCGGAAGCUCGGUGACCCUGAGCUCCCUGGGUUCAUUGGGUUCGUUAAAUCUGAGCAAUCUCGGCGGUCUGAGCAUAUCCAACAUACCUGGCACAGUUUCCACGAAUAUUCAUCACACGUCGACACCUCCGCCUACGACGAUGUACUACGAUCAGAUCAAGUACAGUAUGUGAAGACGUUUUUUUUUUGGCGAAGACAAGAAAAAAGUUAUUAAAUCCGUAAAAUUAUUUUCAUUGAAAGUUUCGUAUCUCAAACGUUGAACGCACCUAGCACUUUCGUGAGCAAACCUUAAGUUAAAGUCUCUCAUUACGUGCAUUCCGAAUCCGAUAUCGUCUAGCUUGGAAGAAACGAAUGCGGAAUUAUAAGUUAAAUUUUAUACAAAAUUAGCAGUUUUUUAUUGAAUUCAGUACGUGAGCUAUAAAUCUUGAAUCUUUUAGUUUGAAUGCUUUUACAUUAUUGCACAUAUUUUCGAAUUAAUAGGACAUAAUUUCGAUAGCUAAGAUUAGCUAUAAAAAUUAAUACUUCAUUAAGUUCAUUAAUAUUUGCUUUAUUUAGAAUUGGAAAACACUGACUUACGCGCACACAGUUCUACAUAGAAUUGCAGAUUUUUCAACAUCUUUGUAGUCCAACAAAAAUUCGAUUUAUAAAUCGAUGAUGCGAGAAAUAAUAACGCGCGGAUAGUUUGAUUCUCGAUUUGCGGGCGUGAAUAAGCGAAGUAUGUAAAAAGAAAAGUGUAAAAUAUAUAAUUACGAAAAAGAUGUAUCACGAUCGAUUGUGGCUCAAGCGCGUGUAACGCGACAUGCGUCGAGAGAUACGUCCGCUUAAAAAAAAAAAAACGUUGAUGCAUCUCGACCGUAUCCUAUUUGUAUUUAUAAUUCAUUAAUCAAUGUAAUUAAUUUAAGUCUAGAACACAGAAAGUAAGUCUGUAGAAUUAAAUAAUGUUU